ACCCUUUUCCCGUUAGUCACUCUUCCCACCUCUCACAGAUCUCCUCCCCGCCUGAAGCCGCCACUCCGCUCCCGAACCCUAACCCUGCGCGCUCCCGUAGGAUCCAACCGGCCAUCAAGCGGUGGCGCUAUCGAAGAUGCGGAGCUCUAUAGCGACCUAUCGGGAGAGCCUCUCCCGGCUCGCCGGCGAGGUCGACGACGCCACGGCAGACGAGGUCCCCGCGCCGUGGCCAUCUCGGCGCGGAGACCACGCACCUACGCCUCCGUCGUCCGGGCGGCGGAGGCGGUACACCCGUCCGGACCCCGCCGAGCCGGACGAGAUUUCUAAACUCAAGGAGGAUAUUGAAAAACUUCAAACUUCUGAGGCUGAAAUAAAGGCAUUGUCUUUCAAUUAUGCUGCCAUGUUGAAGGAAAAGGAGGAGCAACUGGUAAAAUUUCGUGAAGAAAAUGGCUCAUUGAGAAGAAGUAUGGAGAGCUCUAACUAUAAGGCAGUCUCAGGCAAUUCUAAUGGUGCUUUGCAAAGAUCACCUAGCAGAAUGCAAAGAAACACAGAUCAAGAAAAAACAUUGAGCUUCUUAAAGCAGAAUGAGUAUGGUGGUGGUGCUUCACAGGUUAUACAGCAAAAUGGUCCGCACCCAUUGCCAGGGCAUUAUAAGGGAGAUGUACUGGAGGAAGAAAGAGAAUAUUUUGCUGCUAAACAGGCUAGUCUUGAAAAUGAAAUUAAACAAUUGAAACAGCAACUCAGGCGCUAUUCAAACAAAGAGGAUGAACCAAAAAGGAGGUUAGAAGAUGAAAACAAGAGGAACGAAUUUCUUCAGCAGCAGCUAAAUGAACUGAAGGUCAAUAGAGAGAUGGUAGCAGCUACCACGGAAGAGUUGCGUAAGGAAUUAAGUGAGAAGAAAGCAGAGUUGAGAUGCCUGCAAGAUGAGUUGAGUACAAGGGACAAUGAGCGUGCAUCAGAUGGAUCUCUUCAGAGCCUUCGAAGUAUGGUGAUGGCUCUACAGAAGGAGAAUUCAGAUUUGAAGAUAGCGAAGGGCAGGCUUGACAAAGAGCUCGUUAAUAUGGAAAGUACCACACAAAAAGUUGACAAUUGUAGUUCUGAUAUUAACAAUGUUUCUGAUGUGGAAAAGGUUAAGGAAGAGAUGGCUUCAUUGAAGAAAGUUUUACAGGGCGCUUCUCAUGAGCGAGACAGAGCAUUACAAAAUUUGUCUCGGCUGAAGCAACAUUUGUUAGAUAAGGACCUUGAAGACCAAGAAAAGAUGGAUGAAGAUAGCAAAGUCAUUGAAGGGUUGCGGGUAAUCUGUGAGCAGCAAAGAACUCAUAUAGUGCAGUUAGAGAGGGCAUUAAAGGUUGAGAUUACAAAGCAGGAGGAGAGUAAGAAGACCAUAAAUGAUGAACGCUUGAGGUCAAAUGAACAGAUAGAAGAUCUGCAAUACAAGCUUGCAAACUGUAUGAGUGCACUUGAAUCAAAAGAUCAGGAACUGCUUAAUCUGCAGACUGCCCUUGGACAGUACUAUGCCGAGAGUGAAGCAAAGGAACGACUUGGGGGUGAUUUAGCUAUGGCUAGAGAAGCAUUGGCUAAAUUAUCUGAGUCACUGGAGGUGGCAAAUCAAGGAACCGAAAUUUCAAGAAGGGAAAAGGACGAAGUAGUUGCCAAACUUUCUCAAGCUGAGAUGAUGUUAGCGGAUGGGAAGCGCUCCAUGCAGAAGCUUGAGGAUGACAAUUCAAGAUUAAGGCGUGCGCUAGAACAAAGCAUGACAACAGUCAAUAGGAUGUCACUUGAUUCAGAUAACUCUGUUGACAGACGAAUUGUGAUUAAACUACUAGUUACAUACUUCCAACGGAAUCACAGCAAAGAGGUAUUGGAUCUUAUGGUUCGGAUGCUUGGCUUCUCUGAGGAGGACAAGCAAAGAAUCGGUUCUGCACAGAGCAAUGUUGGUAAGGUUGUUGUCCGCGGUGUUUUGGGUCUUCCUGGGCGCCUAGUUGGAGGAAUUGUUGGUGGAAAUUCAGCAGGCAAAUCUACACAUACACCCCAGGAUAACCAGUCCUUUGCAGAUCUCUGGGUGGACUUUCUACUCAAGGAGACAGAAGAAAGGGAGAAACAAAAAGCUUCGGAAGCCGCCGCAAGGCUUUCACAGGAAGAGAACCAAACUAGGAGUGCAUCAAAUUUACAAGCAUCACAGCACAUUGCAAAUCCUGGCCUUUCCACAAAGCCACAACAGUUUGGUCGCCCAGAUUCCUAUGAAUUCCGUAUGGUUCCACUUGCUUCCUCGAUAUAUACAUCCACACAGACGCAUUUGGAAUGAUCCGAACUAAGUAUAUAUUGCUGGAUGACUUUUUUCCUUUUAAGUCUUACAUGUGCCUGGCCUUGAGCUAUUUAUUUCAUUUGUUGACAAUGUGGUAAUUUUAGUCCAUUCAAAGUUUUUGGUCUCUCUCCCUCCCGGUGGCAUCUAAGGAAAUAUGUAAAUGGACCAUGUCAUUCAACAAAAGGAACAAUUCACUAUACAAUAUAUAUAUGCUUCCUGUCUACUGGGCCAGUUGUUGCCCUAUAAA